AACCAUCAAUAGAUUUAUUAAAGUUAUUUUUUAAAACAAUUUACUAUAGUUUUUUAUAUAAAAAAAAUAAUCUGGACAUCGUCCGUACCUUAAAUUAGUUUGUGUAAAUUAAAAAGCUCCAGCAAGGGUGAUCACUAUAAGAAACAUUACCAUCAUGGUACAGACAGACAACAGCUGAACAUCACUUUCAUAAUACACCACCACCAAAUUUUUUUUUUUUAAAAAAUAAAUAAAAUAAAAAACUCCUUUGCACGUGCUCCUCACCAAUUUCCCCACCAUCUUCCUUCUCUAGUUCUCUUCCAAAAAUACACUAAAAAAAUCAAAAUUAAAGACAAAAAAAAAAAAAAAAAAAAAAAAAACACAAAACAAAAAAAACACAAUUCAUUUCUUCCUUCUCCCUUUUCCUCCUCUUAGCGUGCGCAUCAUAUCAAAUCACCAAAAUUCAUUCAAACCCCAACUCAAAUUCCCCCCAUCACAUCACCAUUAUGUAGCUCAAGCUCAGCUAAGCUCAACUACACUCACUUUCACACAACUCCAUUGAAGAACAAUCUCCCAUUUUAGAGAGAGAAAAUUCAAUUUCUGGAGAGAGAAACUGUGUUGUUUCUGUGAAGAUGCAGAUACAGAUGCAAGCAUACAACAGACUACCAAGCAGCGGUCAUACGACGCCAUCUCCGCCGCAAUCGCCGUCAGUAAGGUCGCCGAGGUACCGCCAUGGAAGGUCUAAGCAAGGUCGACCUGGACCUCCACCUCCAAGAACAAUGGCGCAUCGUUUGGCUUACUUGGUUUUAUCAGUUUUGUUGAGGAGACAAGGGAUUUUUCUUUUUGCGCCGUUAAUUUAUAUUUCUGGGAUGUUGUUUUAUAUGGGUACUGUUUCGUUUGAUGUGGGUCCUGUCAUUUCGCAUCAUCCUGCUCCUGGGUCUGUGUAUCGGAGUCCGCAGUUGUAUUCCAAGCUUCGGCCGGAGAUGGAUGCUGAUAAUUCUACUGCUGAUGCGAUAUCAACUAUUUGGAAAAAUUCUUACAAGGGUGGUGAGUGGAGACCAUGUGUAAACAAGUCUACUCCAGGAGGCUUGCCUGAUUCAAAUGGUUACAUUUAUGUUGAGGCAAAUGGUGGCUUGAAUCAGCAGAGAGCAUCGAUAUGCAAUGCAGUUGCUGUGGCAGGCUAUCUCAACGCCACGCUUGUUAUUCCAAAUUUUCAUUAUCAUAGCAUCUGGAGGGAUCCUAGUAAGUUCAAUGACAUAUACGAUGAAGAGUAUUUCAUGAGUAUGUUGCAAAAUCACGUACGUGUGGUCAAUAUGAUUCCUGAUUACCUGAUGGCUCGUUAUGAUCACAACAUGAGCAAUGUUUACAAUUUCAGAAUAAAAGCAUGGUCUACUAUUCAAUACUACAAGGACAAUGUCCACCCAAAAUUGCUUGAAGAGAAGGUUAUAAGGAUCUCUCCAUUUGCAAAUCGAUUGUCAUUUGACGCUCCUCCAGCUGUUCAACGGCUUAGGUGCUUAGCAAAUUAUGAAGCUUUGAGGUUCUCAAGCCCAAUCUUAACCUUGGGGGAAACACUGGUUGCAAGAAUGAAAGAGCGUAGUGCAAGUAGUGGUGGCAAAUAUGUAUCCGUGCAUCUUCGAUUUGAAGAGGAUAUGGUUGCGUUUUCUUGUUGUAUAUUUGAUGGUGGUCGGCAAGAAAAAUUUGAUAUGGAGGCAGCAAGAGAAAGAGGUUGGAGAGGCAAAUUUACUAAGCCUGGUAGGAUCAUUCGUCCUGGUGCCAUCAGAAUUAAUGGAAAGUGUCCACUUACACCUUUGGAGGUUGGUUUGAUGCUUCGUGGUAUGGGCUUUGAUAGAAAUACAUCUAUAUAUUUGGCUUCAGGAAAGAUAUAUGACGCUGAAAGAAAUAUGGCCCCAUUAUUUGAAAUGUUUCCUCUUUUGCAAACUAAAGAGAUGCUUGCAUCUCCAGAGGAGUUGGCACCAUAUCAGAAUUAUUCUUCCAGGAUGGCUGGUAUAGACUAUACAGUUUGCCUUCAUAGUGAAGUUUUUGUUACCACUCAAGGAGGUAAUUUCCCUCAUUUUUUAAUGGGGCAUCGGAGAUACUUGUACGGUGGGCAUUCAAAGACAAUUCGUCCGGAUAAGCGAAAGUUGGCACAAAUUUUUGAUAAUCCUAGUAUUGGAUGGAAAACAUUCAAGAGGCAUAUGCUAAACAUGCGAUCACAUAGUGAUUCCAAGGGUUUCGAGCUUAAAAGGCCAAAUGACUCUAUAUACAGCUUCCCAUGUCCAGACUGUAUGUGCCGAAUCGGUAAAUCAGAAGAUUCAAGAUCAGCGUCUGCAACGUGAUCUCCUGCCAUCAAAAUCAUAUGGAUAAUCUUUCAUGUUAAUGGUUCUACAGAUGUGGCUAACUGCCAAAUCUAUUUUACAUUGAUUCUUUCAUUCUUUUCCCUUUUCCUUUGUGGAAAAAAAAGGGUAACACAGUUCAGUUUUGGAACUCCAACGAUUUGGUUGGACGUUGUGGUCUGAUUAUUUGACCAGAGCAAGGCAUCACAUCUUUUUGUACAUGAUCUGGAAGUAGAAGUGACGCCACAGUAUCUUUACAUUGAAGGAAUUGCUCUGGUAUUGACUAUACACUCGGUUGCAGCUGCUGUAUCUAACAAGCUGCAAAAUGACAUUGCCAUUUGUUUAUCCACUAAUUUUGUCCAUUCUUUUCAUUUUGGUUUUUUCUUUUAAUUAAUUUUUUUUUAUUAUUGUAUAUGAUACGAUUUGGACAAUUGUAAAAUUGUACAAAGCAUGUUGGAGCUCUGUACUAGUUGUUUGUUAUCAUCUAGAGUAAUUCAUUCUUUUAAAAUAGUGUUGUACUCUUGUGUGUGCGCAUUGCUUUCUGGUGGUUUUUGUUUUGAGGUUAAUGUAGAUAGGUUAGGAAUUAGGCUGCGCUCCAGUUUAGAUGCAACUCCAGCCUACUGUUGUACUUGUUCAUGUGAGUAUGAUAUCAGGAAUUUGACUGCAGAAACUCCCUAUUUGGCAGUAAGAUUAUAGGAUCUAUCAUUCUAUCCCUCUCAUUACAAACUAACCCUUGUGCUUCAAAGUGCCUUGUCAAGUUAUCAACUUGUCAUUUUCUAAUUUCGUAUCCCAGCCACUUGAGAUCGAGGACUUUACAUUACAAAGGUUCAACUGUUUGCCUUUCUAACUACUGAUGGAUGUUGGCUA